AUGGCGUCUUUGAGUGAGGGAGGGGGAAAAGAUGAAAUCAAAACACACUUUGUUACCCGCGAAGGCUCCUAUAAAUUAAUGCAACAUUCAGAAUAUUCCAAGCCUAGUCGUGUUGCCUUUAAUGGACAAGCAAAUACUCCAGUUAAAGUGUCUUUUGUUGAUGUCUGCGACGGCUCUACGUCUCCAGACAGAAUCUGUUUCAAUGUUGGCAGGGAACUUUACGUGUAUGUUUAUAAAGGUCUUCGCAAGGCUGCAGAUUUAACUAAACCCAUUGAUAAGCGUGUAUAUAAGGGCACAUUUCCGACCUGCCAUGACUUCAGUCAACACUGCCCAACUCCAGAUAGUGUGUUGCUUUUGGUUGGAUUCAGUGCCGGCCAGGUGCAGCUAAUAGACCCCAUUAAAAAGGAGAUCAGCAAAUUGUACAAUGAAGAGCGUUUAAUUGACAAAACUAAAGUGACCUGCAUCAAAUGGGUACCAGGCUCCACGAGCCAGUUUCUAGUAUCUCACAGCUCAGGUCACUUGUUCGUUUACAAUGAAAAACUUCCAUGUGGACAGACUCCUCCAGCUUACCAGCCUUUCAAACAGGGAGACGGGUUUUCUAUCUUCACGUGUAAGAAUAAAAGCACACGAAACCCACAGCACAAGUGGGUUAUAGGGCAAGGGGCCAUCAAUGAGUUUGCCUUCUCUCCUUGUUCUAGGUAUCUGGCCGUAGUUGGUCAGGAUGGGCAUCUUCGAGUUCUUCACUUUAAUUCUAUGGAGUUACUGGGGACCAUGAGGAGUUUCUUUGGAGGUUUACUUUGUGUGUGUUGGUCACCAGACGGCAAGUAUUUGGUAACUGGAGGCGAGGAUGACCUGGUGACAGUGUGGUCUUUCCAUGAAAAACGUGUUGUGUGCAGAGGUCACGGUCAUAAGUCCUGGGUGAACAUGGUGGCUUUUGACCCUUAUACAUGUAUAUGUUGUAAAGAGGAAACCAGCGGUAUAACUGGGCCAGAUGUUGAUGUUGUGUCACCAGCCUUAGACAGUGGAGGAAACAGUCAUGAAACCAGCAUAGCUCAGAAUCAUCCUGUCAACGGCUUACCUCUGCAGCAUCCAAAUGGAAAACACAUAGGCAUUUCCAAUCAUAAUUCUUCGUCCAGCCCAACAUUGAACUUUCUUUCCUAUCGGUUUGGAUCUGUGGGGCAAGACACUGAAUUAUGUUUGUGGGACCUUACCGAAGAUGUAUUGAAACAACCGUUUGGUAAAUCUAGGACUAGCAGUGCAGGGUUAAUUAAUGUGAAUUCAGCGUUUUCGUCUGUAAUGCCACAUUGUAACAGCAUAGCUAAUUCACAGAAGUCAAACUCUGUUGGAACAGUUGUACAUAACGAUAUUUCCUCAAAUGCAAAUUCUGAUGGUCAUGUCCAGCCUGUACCGAAUACUGUGAUGAAUGCAAGCUCCAGACUAGCACCCAUGGCUGUAUCCGAGCGGAAGGAAGCAAAUGAUAAGAAGGAGCAUAAGAGAAACUUUAGCUUAGCUUCCAAAAACAGUGAUAAGUCAGCAGUUUUGAAAUCAAAUAACGUCCGUGCUGUAGAUAGUGCCAUGAAGUAUUAUGGCACCCAUGCAUGCCCAAGGCUCGACCAGGUGCCCAUUCUGGAGCCUUUGGUGUGCAAGAAAGUUUCACAUGAAAGACUUACUUCAUUGACAUUCCGAAAUGAGUGUAUAGUGACAGCAUGUCAGGAAGGAAUCAUCCUAACUUGGGCAAGACCAGGCAAAGUAAUGAGAGAUGGUGUUGACUGA